CGAUAUGAUUUGAUAUGUUAUCUAUUAUAAAAUUGAUUACCACUGUCUAAUAUUCAAUUGAUUUAAAUUAUUUUAUUCUAGUUGUCCGAAAUACAGCACAGGUCCACCUGUUUACAUGAUGGUGACCUUAAAUUUAUUAAUAUUAAUUUUAAUAUACACCAAUGUUUACGCAAUUCCUUAUAAUCCAUCACCAUUAAGAACUACAAUUUUUGGUGAUGAAAUGAUUGAAGGAGAAAUUUUCGAAGAUCUUCGUUAUAUAAAUGAAGUAACUGGAUCUACUCGUAAUAUCGAUCCUAGUGAUUAUCGACUACCAAGAGCAACAAGGCCAAAAGAAUAUGACCUUUUACUGCACAUUGAUAUAGAAAAAUUGGCUUUUUCUGGUACAGUAACUAUUUAUCUAUAUGCUACACAACCGAAUGUCAACGAAAUAGUUAUACAUACUGACGAAUUAAAAAUUGAAUCAGUUGUUCUGAAAAAGGAUAAUGUAACUGUACCACAAUCAUAUUUUGAGCAAGAAGAAUUAGACUUUCUUCGGGUACAGUUGGUAAAUAGUACAUUGGAAUACAAUGCAGAUGGUGACCAAAUAUAUGAACUUACUGUAAAAUUUGAAGCGGAUUUGCGUGACGAUAUGACCGGUUUAUACAAAAGUUGGUUUAGAAAUGAAAAUUAUACAGCAGAAGUAAGUUACAUAGCAACAACACACUUUCAAGCUACAGCCGCUAGACGUGCAUUCCCGUGUUAUGAUGAACCAAGUUUUAAAGCAGAAUUCAACAUAGUUAUUCGACGACCUUCUUCAUAUAAAAGUUGGACUGGAACCAGACGUUUGACGACAAGAAAUAGUUCAAUUCCUGGGUAUGAAGAGGAUGUAUUUUCAACAACACCUGUAAUGUCCACUUAUUUAUUAGCCUUCAUUAUUGCUGAGUAUCAAUCAGUUUAUGCUGAUGAAAGUCUUGCAUAUGAAGUCAUAGCAAGACCCGCUGCGAUACGGGACAACCAGUUCCAGUAUGCACUGGAAUUUGGGCAGAAACUUUUAAGUAGAAUGAGCGAUCAUAUUGGCAUAGAUUUCUAUGAUGUUCAUGAGAAUCUAAAAAUGACACAAGCCUCCAUCCCGGAUUUUGCAGCUGGUGCAAUGGAGAAUUGGGGAUUAUUGAUCUACAGGGAGGCGUAUCUUAUGUACAAUGGAAAUCAUACUAACAGUAACUACAAACAACUCAUUUCUUAUAUUUUGUCACAUGAGAUUGCUCAUAUGUGGUUUGGAAAUCUUGUAACGUGCGAUUGGUGGAAUGAUUUGUGGCUAAACGAAGGUUUUGCUAGAUACUACCAAUAUUAUCUCACAGAUUGGGAAGAUAGCGAGUUUGGUUUUGAAACACGCUUCAUAAAUGAACAAGUGCAUGCAGCUCUUCUUUCCGAUUCUGUCCAAAGUGCACAUCCUCUUACUCAAACCGGUAUUGGAAGUCCGACUGAAGCGCGAAGUAUGUUUACAACUAUAUCUUAUGGUAAAGGGGCGGCUGUCUUAAGAAUGACUGAACAUCUUUUAACUUUUGACGUAUAUAAACAAGGUUUGAAAUAUUACUUGGAUAACAGAAAAUUUAACACAGCAUUACCGAUUCAUCUUUUUGAAGCACUUCAAAGGGCUGCAAACGAGUUUGGAGCUAUAGAAGAGUAUGGGUCAGAUUUUUCUGUUAUUGAAUAUUUCAAAACAUGGUCCGAACAAGGUGGCCAUCCUGUACUUAACGUUCAAGUUAAUCAUCAAACUGGUGAAAUGAUAAUCUCUCAGCAACGUUUUAACAUCAACGUUGGUUAUGGAACAGCAUCAAGGAACUGGAUUAUACCAAUAACAUUCGCUACUGCUAGUAAUCCAGACUUUGAAAAUACUAAGCCUACUCACAUCAUAAAAAAUGGUGUCACAGUCAUUGAUCGAAAAUCUAUUGGUGAUGAAUGGGUUAUUUUUAAUAAACAACAAACAGGUUAUUAUCGUGUAAACUAUGAUGACUACACGUGGGAUCUCAUUGCUAUAGCUUUGAAGACUAAUAGAACUGUCAUUCACGAGUUUAAUAGAGCUCAAAUUGUCAAUGAUGUUUUCCAAUUUGCGCGUUCUGGAAUAAUGAGCUAUCCGAAAGCACUAAACAUUCUUUCCUUCUUGGCAAACGAAACUGAUUACGCGCCGUGGGUAACAGCGAUGAGUGGCUUCACUUGGUUAAGAAAUAGAUUCGCCAGCACACCACAUUUGCCGAAACUUGAGGGGCUUAUAAUUGAUUGGGCUAGCAAUGUCAUGGACAAUCUUGGUUACUAUCCCCAAGAAGGAGAAUCGUUUAUGAGGUCUUAUCUACGGUACCAACUAGCUCCAAUUAUGUGUGCGAUGAACGUUACGAAAUGUCGCGACGCUGCUAAGGAACAAUUUGAACAGUUGAAAAGCAGUAAUACUUACGAGGUUCCUGUUGAUAGUCGUAACUGGGUGUACUGUAAUGCACUACGUGAUGGCACAGAAGAAGAUUUUAACUUACUAUGGGAGAGAUACCAGCGUCAUCAAGUAUAUAACGAGAAGAUAUUACUUCUUUCAGCUCUCGGGUGCACUCCACAUAAAAAUUCUCUAUACACUUAUAUGGAUGCUAUUGUUCAAGAAAACCAUAUAAUUCGUCGUCAAGAUUAUACUACAGCCUUUAAUGCAGCUGUAAGUGGUAAUGAAGGAAACACUCAGAUAGCAUUCCAAUUUAUUAAGGAUAAUUUACCAACAGUUGACGCUGCGUUUGUAGUAAGAUCAACUUUAGCCACGCCACUGUCAUACGUGUCUGCAAGAUUGAGAACCGAAGAUGAAGUGAAUGAAUUUGAGCAAUGGGCAAGAGACAAUCGUAUGGCUUUAGGUGAUCACUACAAUGCAAUUAUGAGCGGUGCUAAUUCAGCACGCAACAGUAUUAAUUGGGUUCAACAGGUCCAAGACGACGUUAUAAAUUAUAUUUUAGGCAACGUGGAUCCUAUCACCACGACUACAUCAGCUCCUACUACCACAACUGUUAUUACAACAGUAUCUCCGGAGGCGAUACUGAGGCCUUCCACUCCUGAACUACCAGACUCUGCGGUCACGACUGCUUUGUCAUUAAUCGUAUUGAUUUCUACUAUAUGUGUUAACCUAAUCUUCUAAUUGUCUCUGUUUACUUAACUGUAAUGAAUAUCAAAUAUUUUACCACGACGUGAAUGUAGAUACGAAUGUUAUAACAGUUUUUACAUAAAUAUGUUAUACAAAUAUUAUAAAUACAAAUAUU